AUGUCUGAUAGCACCUUCCCAAGAACAGGAAUCCGAACCGAUAGUCGAAAAGCAUCGAGUAGCAGGAAAGGCAAUGGAAAGAUUCCAACGUUGCAAGACCAACCUUCAAACCUUAAAAGCACCAAGUUGCUGGAAUUCUCUGACAGGAUCUAUCAAGGAGCGCGAGAUCACAAUCCGAUCUCAGGUUCAUCAAUUGAGCUCGAUUUCGACACUUUUGUCGAUUUUAGCUUGUAUCCGUUGCCGGAUCAUCAGGAGACUCUUGUCGUCUCGGACAUCACACGUCCUUCAAUCUGUCGGCCCAAAUCUCGCUCCAUUGUGGGUUGUUCGCUGAACAGUCCAGUCCACUUACUUAGCUCGACAUGGGAGGCGUGGCUUCUUAGCGAACAGCUCGCUCGCAUCUACCAAACCAUCACCUCAGACUCUGCUUCGAUAUUCCUAGACUAUAAUUGCAAUCUUCUCACCGGCAGUCACCGUUAUCGAUUUGACCAGUCGAGCUCUGUUGCGUCGAAAAUUUCAGCGGACGAAUUAUCAAAUGCAAUAUCAGAAGAUGCGGCACACAUUGACUUCACUUCGAUAUCGCUAUCAAACCCCCCAGAAUCAUUGUCCAACCAAGAUACAAAUCCCUUAUCCCUGAUUGAGAGUGGUGUCCCUUCCCAGAUUCCUCAUGCGCGUCCAUAUAACUGCACAAUCACUGUUCUGGGGGCUGUUCGUUUUCUCGACCAUUUUGGAGAGCUUUAUGGUAAUCAUUUGAGUGUCACUGCCAAAGCACAAUCAGACCAAAUAUUGAAGGAGGUUUUGCGAUGCUUUGCAUUCCAGUGGCUGCCGAAUACGAUCUUUUCGAUUGACUCUGAUACCAAUGAUCUUACGUUUUCCGAAUUUUCCCCAGGGCCGCAACCACAGCGCUCUCAUCUUGCAUUUGUCGAUACAUGGACUCGAGCUCGAUCGUUGAUCAAGAGCGCCCAAUCUACAGUCUCUUUUGGUGUCGUGUAUGCAACACUACUUUUCGAUACCAUAGUUAUCCCUGUUGAAGCUUCUCAAGGAUUGGCAAACGAUAUCCUCGAGCAUGGAUUCCUCGAUAACGCAUUCAAUAAACUUUCUCAACUGGAAUAUCAAGUGAAGAAAUACUGCGCAAAUCUUGGGACGAUAUCUCAACAUGGAGCUCUUGUUGAAUCCAGCCUAAGCAUUAUUCGCUGGUUCGCCUACCUUCGAGACACGGUAGUUGGACUAAUGGCGAACCGUCCAUGCAGGCUUGCAGAUGUCGAUUCUCAAAACAAAGAAGAAUCCUUGAAUAUUGAGUUCUUUUCGCCUCUCGAAUGGUAUGCUGAAGACAACUUGCCGAACAUAUGCCGUCGUGCAAUCGCGUCUGCAUUCGGAGUCUGGAGAAAGAUCAUCAAAUUGAGAGAGAGUACAAAAGGUGCACCAAAUAAGUUUGGGGUCUCGUCCAAAACUGAUCUUUUGGUCAAAACCACCGUCCAAGCCGUCAACGAGUUUGAACAAUCAUUUGGCACCUUCAUGAAUUAUUGCAGAGACAAUUUAUCCUCGCUCUCCAAUGUGUCAAGGAAAUUUAUCGUAUUCCUCGUAAUUUUCUGGGAUCUGGGAGUCCUCAUUCUCGCCGAAGUCUUGGAGGCCAUCUCGUCAUGCGAUGGCGCAAAGCCAAAUGAGCAGCUUGCCUUCCAGAUGCAAAAGUAUCGGUGGGAAUCGGCACUAUCAGUGGCUCGGAUGAUCGAGUGUGUUCUCGAUCUACCCACCACAGAAGCAUUUCCACCAUCUAGUGGUCUUGACCCAGCAGUACCGCUCACGGCCUCUCACGUUAACACAGUAACUGUGGUGAUGGCGUUGCAAAAGUCCGUCGAACAUAUCAUUGAAUCCCAGGCUGACAAUUUGUUUCCUGAUGGGACCUGGGACCGGUAUCUCGGCAUUCUCAUGAAAGGCCUUGUAGCGCUGGGUGUGACGGUUGGUGGGUCGCGAACUGCUACUGUGUCGUUGCAGGCAUUGAUGCAGACCCAUGGUGAUGUUCUAUCGGAGUGUUGGUUUGUCUAA